GAUGUGCGGAGCAACCAAAUUUAGUAAAAAGGACGGUUGGAAUCUAACUAGUGUUAACUUAAGUAAAGACUUUACGCCCGAACUUAAGUAUAAACCUGCGCAAACCUGGUGCAACCCAGUCCAGCAAUGAUUUGUUGUUUUUGUCAAGCCUCCUUGCAUCUCUAAUCAAGCACAUACAGUGGGUGAGUAGAUGGAUGAAUGAACAAUUCUGUGCCCUCCUAAAACCUUUAUUUCAUUAUUUAUAUCUUAGCUAAAUAUUAUACACAUAUAUGUAAAGGUCAUGAUUUAAAAUCACUGGUUUUCGUUGAAAACGUUAACACGAGUAAGUUACCCAACUGACUUCACGACAGUAUUACGUAAGCACCGUCCUUUAGUUUUCCGGCAGCAGCGCAUGGUGGAGGUCAGAGAUGUUCUCACUCCUGACCGGCGACAGGAAGACGCACACUAGUUCAGUCCGGUGCUGAGGAUUUCGUUCUGUCCUUUAUUCGAUAUAAACAAGGAGGAGACUCUGUACUGAGUCGUCAGCAAAAGGUCUUGACUCCAGGGCUCGUGAGAAGCCAGCAGUUUCCUCUCCGGCAGCUAGCCUACCUUUAGCCUCGGUUAGCAGCAGCCUCCCCUCAUCGGAGAAAUCAUGGACAACAACACGGCAGGUUCAGGCGCUUAUAAAGCCGGAUUUGGGGGUCUUUUCGGCGGUGGAGCCCCGGAGUAUUCAAACACGGAGCUGGCCGGGGUUCCGCUGACUGGAAUGAGUCCUCUCUCACCCUACCUCAAUGUUGACCCCCGGUACUUGGUGCAGGACUCAGAUGAAUUCAUAUUGCCGACUGGAGCAAACAAAACCCGUGGCCGCUUUGAACUGGCCUUCUUCACCAUUGGAGGGUCCUGUAUGACGGGUGCUGCUUUUGGAACACUGAAUGGGCUUCGUAUGGGCCUGAAGGAGACCAGAGACAUGGCAUGGUCCAAACCCAGAAACGUACAGAUAUUAAACAUGGUCACACGGCAGGGUGCGUCAUGGGCUAAUACACUAGGAUCAGUUGCUCUAUUAUAUAGUGUGUUUGGGGUAGCUAUUGAGAAGGCCAGAGGAGCAGAGGAUGAUCUUAACACAAUAGCUGCUGGGACAUUAACAGGGAUGAUGUAUAAAUCCACAAGUGGACUAAAAGGAGUUGCCAGAGGAGGCCUUGUUGGGUUAGCUUUGUCAGGGUUGUAUGCCCUGUAUAACAACUGGGAUCACCUUAAAGGCACAGCUCCCUCACGUUAUUAAAGAGGACUCAGAGCUCAAACCAUGGACAUUAUACAUAGACUCUAAACCUGUCCUCAACUGUCCCACUUACAGUUGGCCCAACAUUUUGGAAUCCUUGGACCAAUACAUUUGUUUCAGACUUCUUUUUAAAUUGUGUUAUGUUUAUCAAAAAGGCAGAAGUCAACUGCCUUAAAUGUGUUGUUCUGUUCUACUGUUUAGCCAGAUUUAAAGAAUGUAUAUCUUUCAAUCAUGAAGGAUACCCUGCAGUGUCAUUCAUACAAUGGCCAUUGCCCCUGUGUAACAGCAAUAUGCUUCAUCCAAUAUUUUUACAUUGUUGGCAAACUGUAAACAUUUUGCCCUUGCAGUCGUAUGCACCAAGACAUUUGGCGAGUGGGCAUAUCAGUCUCAUACAAGUGUUCAGAAACAAGUCUUGGCAGAAUUUAAAUGUACCUUUAUAUGUCCUAUCAUAAGCUGAUUUAAUCAGCUCUGUAUUUAAAUUAAAGUGCAAGGUUAACUUUUGAAA